GUCGGUGGCUUUGUAUCAUUUAUGGGGACUACGGGUCAUUCCCUUUAACCAUCCCGGUUUGCCUGGGGGAGCGAGCGUUCUGCCCCUGUUCUGGGCGUGGACGUGGACCUGGAUCGGGAACUGCGCGCUGCGAAGCGUGCUGGGGACUAACCUCUUCCUCGGAUUCCGCCUCUCCACGCCCAUUUUGGGCACGACCGUGGUUUUUGAACUUGCCCGUUGAGCCCAACUGUCCAGUGCUUAGGGUGGGAAGCCUCCCAAGUAGAGGAAGUCCUUUGAGUCGCCCGAAGCCUUUUGGUGGGCGUGGGGGGUCUGCAGCGGCACCGCCUCCGCCCCGCGUGGCGCGGGCUCCCCGCCCGCCAGCUCUGCACCCCUGGCCCGCGAGAGGAGCGCGGACACCGCGCCAGUUGUCCCCACGCCCCGGGGCGCGCCCCCCGCCGCCGCGCGCGCCACUUCCUGAGCGCGCCCCGGGCCCGCGGCCCCGCCCUGAGGCCCCGCCCGCGGCAGCUGCGGGCGGCUACAGAGGGGCAGGUGCCUCCGCCGCGCGGUCCGCCGCCUUCCAGCCCGCCGGCCACAGCGCCGGGCCUUCACGGCCCCACUCCCGCCAAAUGCAGGCCGUCGCCCUCCCCGAGGAGAUCCGUUGGCUCCUGGAAGAUGCUGAGGAGUUCUUGGUGGAGGGCUUAAGGAAUGAGAACCUCAGUUCUGGUGCAAGGGACAACAGGGACCAUAUUCUACGAGGUUUUCAGCAAAUAAGAGCUAGGUACUAUUGGGAUUUUCCACCCCAAGGGGGAGACCAAGCUGAAAAUUUUCUUGUACAGGACAGCUCCGACGAUAACCACAGUGGAACUCAUGGUCCUUCUCUCACAUCAGAUGCACCUUUUUUGUCAGAUUAUCAGGAUGAGGGAAUGGAAGACAUCACAAGAGGAGCUCAAGAGCUUGAUAACAUCAUUAAGCAAGGAUACUUGGAGAAGAAAAGCAAAGAUCAUAGUUUCUUUGGAUCAGAGUGGCAGAAGCGAUGGUGUGUUGUCAGCAGAGGCCUCUUCUACUACUAUGCUAAUGAGAAAAGCAGACAGCCCAAAGGGACCUUUCUCAUUAAGGGCUACAGCAUACGGAUGGCCCCCUACCUGCGAAAAGAUUCCAAGAAAGAAUGCUGCUUUGAGCUGACCUGCCAGGAUAGGCGCAGCUAUGAGUUUACAGCUACUAAUCCCACUGAAGCCAGAGACUGGGUGGAUCAAAUAAAUUUCCUGUUAAAGGACCUGAGCUCCUUAACCAUCCCCUGUGAAGAGGAGGAAGAAGAGGAAGAGAUGUAUGAUGACAUUGAUGGCUUCGACGCCCCACAUUCUGGUUCCCAGUGCAGACCCAUCACCUUGCCUGGGAAUCUGGGGCCAAAAGAGCCCACAGAGGGGAAAGAUGAAGAUAUUUAUGAAGUCUUACCAGAUGAAGAGCAUGACCUAGAAGAGGAGGAGAGUGGCACUCCACAAAAAGUAUAUCAAACCUCUGACCAAGGAAGAGCUUGAAAGAGGUUGUUUUUGCUCUGAAACUGUGAGCAGCCUCAGCCAGAGGAGUCCAUGUACAGUAAAAUGGUUACUGAUAAGCUUCCAUCUCGGAGGCACUUUUUCCACCCCAGUGCCUGCCAAUGGAGUGAACUUACACAAAAGCAGCAGAGAGAAGCCACAGAGGUGUUUGCAGCUCUUAUUUUUUGAAACCUUAUUAUUUUCCAAGAGCAAACGUGAGUUGAUCAUCAGCCAGCUACAAUUUUGGCACAAUGGAAGAAGCACAAGAGGGAAAAAUCAGAAUCUGUGAGCGUCCUGCACUUCAAGAUCAUACUUAUAAUGUUAAGGACAGCAGUAAUUUCAAAACAAAAUUAAAGAGCUAUGAAAAUAAGCAAAUGGUAUUAUUGUUCAGUUGCCCUUCCAGUUCUGGUGUCAUAGUCAGUUCUUUGUGCUUUUCCUUCUGAAAUAGUUCAUGAGGCAUCAGACUGAGUCUGCUUUAGUGGACUGAACACAGUAGCCUUCCUGGCCUGGCCUAGAGAACAUUUCAAGUCCCUUCCAAUAGGCUACUGCUUUGGCCUUCUCUGUCCAUUUCUCAUGCACCCAUGUUCUAGCUCAAAGGUGAGCUUUAUCUGUCUUCUUGUGUUGUCUCUCCUUUCCAUAAUUGUUAAAUAAUUGUGCCCAGUGGCAGGCCUCAUUGGCACAGUUCUUUGGCUCAUCAGAAAAAUGUAAACAACAUGCUGACCUGCCUUUAGCAUAUUUUCUUUGGUCAGAGCUUGAAUUCUGGAGCUACCCAGUGCCUCCCAAACAAAAGCCCAAGGUGACAUGAACUCUGGAAGGCACACAGUUAAGCUCUGUUUGUGCCUAAGGAUCAGGAGAGGAGGAAGUUGUCCUGGUCCUUUUACUGUGGAACUCUCAACAUCAUAGAGGCACAUCUUCAGAUAUUGAUUCUGUCAACAGGAGCACCAACUUGGCCUCAGUUACAGGAGAAAUGACUAUCACUGGUUAUAAGGAACUUGGUGUGGAAAGACAAAUGCUUUGCAAUAAAUACCUAGAAAAGAGAAAAACAAUAUAUUUUUUACUUGGUCUGUUGCUAUUCUUCCUAUGACAUUUUGUUUGCUUGGAGCUUAGCUUCCCUUACAUGAGAUGGAGAAAAUAAGAUGCUGCCCUUUUUUUUUUCCUCUAGAAAAAGUCCUUCUCAGCUCUGCUAGCAAUUUAAAUGCAGUGAUCAUACCCAUUAGCUUCUCUAUCAUUGUAAUUGUUGUUAAUUGUUAUAACUGUUUUAGUUAUUAGUGGUGUCAUUAUUGCUCUAGGUCCUCUGUCUGUUUUAUGCUGAAUAUAUUAGUGCUUUGCUUUUGAAUUACCAGGCUUUAUUUAAUGCAGAGUUACGUUUUUUUGGAGAGACAUUGAGAAAUGCUGGCAUUAAGCUUUAUUCUUUUGUUUUUCAUUCCAAAUGGACAGACUGGAAAAAAAAUAAUUAGAUGGAAUAAUGUCCUCAAAAUGAGAAAGAGGAUGUUCUGAAUUAAUUAAAUGGUCAGAAUGCUGCACCAUUUCUGACUUCAGACUGCUGCCGGAGUAGUGUAAACCUAAAGGAACCUUAAUCCAGCCCACAGAGACAAGCCGCUCUCUCAGGUUCCCAGUCCCUCACUGAUCAAAAGCCAUCAAAGUCUCCUCAUGCAUUCACUUGUUUAUUGAAUGAGCUGGAAGUUUAGGGAGAAGUCGGACUGGUCCUGCAAACUUUCAGGCCUUCAAACUCUUCCUGGGGGGGCCAAGCUUCAGGAAUGAAGCCCUCCUCACCGUUACCUCUUCCCUCUUCCAGGUAUUUAAAUAACACCCACACUUGGUCAGAUUCUUAUAACACAAGUAAAGCUUGGGGGAAACUCUCCAUGACCUGUCAGAGGUUAGAUUCCCCAUUAUACAUAGCACCCUCAACCUCUCCUUUGAAGGUGUAGCAUAAUCAUAAAAAAAUAAUGCAUGAGUCUGUCUCGCAGUGCCUCCCCUACUGGAUGGUAGCCCUAAGUGCAAGGGCUGUAUGGCCAAUACAGAAUUCCCAGCAUCUAGCACAGUCCCUGGCACUUGGUUGAUGCUGCGUACAUGUCAGUUGAAUGCUGAGGAAUGAAUGUAAUGAAGCUGUGUGCACACAGACACAUGAAUGCAAAUCACACAUAUAUUAAACAGGGCGUCUGCAAUACAGAAGCCAGUCUCAUCUAACUCAGGAGUUCCUCCUUAAUACCAGUACCUCUGUCUAGACAGCAAGUCCCUGUAGUUAGUUCUUCAGUUGGCUAUUUUUCAGAGCUGUCCUUCCAUGGUUCUAGUUCUGAUGAUUUCAGUUCCUUGAUUCUCGAGUUCUUUUUGGCCUUUAGCUUAUGAAGUACUGAAGAUAUUUUCUAUCUCUGUUUUUCCUUGAAAGGCAUUUGUUUUCUUCCUAGCUCCUUGCUUUCCUUGGGAUCUAUUGUGCUUUUAGAAUACACAGUGUUCUCCCAGGUGUCUAACAUAACCAAUAUCAAGUCACCUUUUACAUAUAUACCCAAAAGGUACUCAUAAUCUUAGGGCUAUCCCACAUCCAGGACUGUGGGGAGCAGUACCCCUCAGUGACUAUCUGCUAGGCCAGAAAAAGCCAAGAUAACUUUGUCAGUCUAUCAUGAUUUCAAAAUUGUUUUAAAAAUCUAUUUUUAUUAAGUGAUUUUCUCUACCGUGUAUAAAUCCAUGAAGAAUACUGACAUCAAUAUACUUUCCAUUCCUAAUUUUGUCAAAAUCUUGGGGUGAUUAAUCAACUAAAAAUGCAUUAAUAGAUCCUCUGGGAAACCAUUUUCACUUUCCAGGGACUUGUCUUUAUUAUUUCAUAUACUGAUACAUAAAAAAAAUAAGCCUUGUCUUUUCAAUAGUUAGCAUUUUUCUCCCAGUGUAUUUUUCUUCCAAACAUAUUUUUAACUCUGUGGCAAAAUGUUUCCAGUAUAGUUGUCUUGUUUGCUGCCCUUUGUUGUCUACUACAUAUAGAAACGAUUUUCUGUGUAAAGAAAACAUGCCUGAGUUUCUAUAUAAUUAACAUUGUCACUUCUGUUGGCAAUAUCUGAGUCUUAACUAAAUGUUUCUCCUCUGUUUUUGUGUGCUUCAAGAUUCCUACUGAAGUUCUUUUCCGGAGAUAUAUAGGGGUUUUGUUCCCCUGUGCUUUUAUUAUUUGAAUUGCUCAUGAGUUAGGAACAAGUAGAAAAAAGCAAAUAUAACAGGGCCUCUGUCCCCCCAUUGUCCACUUGCCCCCCAUCUAUUCCUACCCUCAGAGACUAACACCAUCAUUCUUCAUGGGAGGGUCAGGACACAUGAAGGGAAAAGUGGAAACCAAUAGAACAGGGUCCCCUGAAAUCACUUAAAUUUUAAUAUAACCCACGAUUCCUGACUCCCAGGAAUAGGAAUUUCGUCUUUGGUAGGUGCUUUGCUUACAGCUCCCAUAUAUAGCAUCCUAAGGAACGGGGAGCACUGCCACAUUAUCCCUGGUCUAGUGGGCAUUAGCUCUCCUGCCAUUCAAAUCCCCAGAUCUCUCCCACUUUGUUCCCUAGUGUUUAACCUUUCCGGGUAGAAGAAGAUCAAUACAAAUUCUUCAUUGUUAAGAAUCGAUGGCUGUCCCGUGGCAUCACUGCCACCUAGUCUCGCUGAGAAGCCCAGUAAAUCUCUCCAGCUGCUUCUAAAGCUUUGGUUUGUCGUUUUCAGUUGCUUUCAUUUUUAAUGCAGAUCACUUUGGUUUCUGUUCCCCUAGGGGCUUGCAGAUAAAUCUUGGCAGACAUGUUCAGGGUCUACAAAUGAGAUGCUGGAAAAGGGCCAGCCCACCCAGAAUUUAGUAGUAAUGAAUGAGACGCACCCCCCCCCCGGUUCCACUUAAAAGACUGGGCUCUUCGUUGCUGUAUUUAUUGGUGAUUACCUCACAGAGUACCUGGGUGGGAAGUGCCCAGGAUGAAGUUCCUGUGGAAAGGACGAGGCCGACACGUGAGACUGUGAUGCAGACACAUGCUGGCUGACGCCGCCUGUCUUGUAAAUAGGCAGAAGUCAGAGACUUAGCCCAUUCCUUCAAAUGCAUAGUGAAAAGAUGCACUGCAUGGUUUAGAUACCCUGGAUCAAGAAAGUUGGGCAGGAAAUCCCUUUGCUGCUUAGUCACAAACCAAGUGAAAAAUUACCUGCCUGAUUUUCUUUUAUUAAUAAAUGAAUGUAUUUUUCAUAUUAUUGAAUAGCAUCUGGCUAAGGGUGAUCUGUAAAUAUUUAAUGUUAGUUAAUGACCUUUUUCUCCCACAGUCCUUUGCUCUUGCUGAGUGUCUGCAUCUCAUCCCGACCCCCUUGAAUCUUAGGUUUUCUUGGGGCCGUAUCAGAACUCUGGUUUCCAUUUGUAGCAAAAAUGUCGGCUCCAUGGAAAAAGACAGUCCUUUUAACUUUUAUUUCUCCUCUCUU